AUGUCUGACAUGAGUGCAAAGGUCGAGGAGACCAAGGCUGGUUUCCACGUCGAGGGCUACGAGAAGAUUGAGUAUGACUUCAGCUUCGUGGACGGCGUGUUCGACAAAGAGCACAAGGACCUGGCGAAGCUCUUUGAGCGCUGGCAGCGCUGCCUGGCUGUCAUGGACGUCAACAUCUUCAAUGUCUACGGCAAACAGAUGCAAGAGUACUUUGACCACCACGGCAUCGAGCUCAAGAUCCACAAGACCAUGAUCGGCGAGAAGGCCAAGUCCAUUGAGACCUACCUCAGCAUCGUCGACUCCAUGAACGAUUUCGGCAUCAUUCGGAAGGAACCUGUCCUAGUUGUCGGAGGCGGACUGGUUACCGACGUUGUUGGUUUCGCUUGUGCCUCCUACCGACGAAACACCAACUACGUCCGCAUCCCGACCACCGUGAUCGGCUUGAUCGAUGCCUCGGUUUCCAUCAAGGUUGCCGUCAACUAUGGCAACUAUAAGAACCGUCUGGGUGCAUAUCACGCUCCCAUGCACACCUUCCUCGACUUCAGCUUCCUCCGAACCCUGCCAGUGGCUCAGACCCGUAACGGCUUCGCUGAGUUGAUCAAGAUCUCCAGCUGCGCCCAUUUGCCCACCUUUGAUCUUCUGGACAAAUACUCUGAGGAUCUGGUGAAUACUGCUUUCGGUCGUGCUGAUGGUGCGAAGCCUGAGGUGAAGGAGGCUGCCGACAAGAUCAACAGGGCUGGUAUUCAUGAGAUGCUGAAGCUCGAGACGCCUAACUUGCAUGAGAUUGGUUUGGACAGAGUUAUUGCAUACGGCCAUACAUGGUCGCCUCUCCACGAGUUGGUACCUGAGGUGCCUCUCCGCCACGGCCACGCCAUCUCCAUCGAUAUGGCUUACUCCGCCACCCUCGCCAAUCACCGCGGCCUUCUCAGCGAUGAGGAGCACAAGCGCCUCUUGGACCUCUUCUCCCGCGUUGGUCUUUCCAUUGACCACCCAGACUUCAACGAGGACAUCCUCGAUAAAGGCACCAAGGCCAUCCUCAAGACCCGUGACGGCAAGCUUCGUCUCGCCGUGCCACACCCACUCGGCUCUUGCGAGUUCGUCAACGAUGUCGGGAACGAAGAGCUGAUGACUGUCCUGCACAAGCACAAGCAGUUCGUAAAGAACUACCCUCGUGAGGGUGCUGGUCUUGAGGCUUCCGUCGAUGCUUCGGACACUGGAUACACCAUGAACCAGGCGCCUGUAGAGGGAAACUCUGGUGAUGUUAGUGCCUCGCUCAAGAAGGCUGUCAUCAACGAUGAUGCCUCCAAUGGCCAGGCCAACGGCGGGCUCGGAGCCACGAACAUUGAUGGCAAGACUGGCGAGCCCAAGCACGCUCUUAAGCAUGCUGCUGGUGUGGACUCUGAUAGCGUUGCCACGAAUGGUCAUGCAGCCAAUGGCACGAACGGUGUCAAUGGACACUAG